CGAAUAAUGUCAGCGAGCUCGAAACAGCCGGAGGGCGCAGCCUGCAAGGCAAAGGUAAAGGAGCAGAUCAAGACUAUUGUAGACGAUUUGGAGUUAGUCCUGGGCGAUUUAAAGGACGUGGCUAAAGAACUUAAAGAGGUAGUUGACCAAAUAGACCAUCUUACCUGUGACCUACAGCUGGAGGAGGAAAUGACUGACAGCUCCAAGACGGACACUAUAAAUAGCACCUCAAGUAGUACAACUGCCUCCAGUCUUGAUAAGGUCAAAGUGCACUCAGUCAGAUCAAUUUGCAAGACGACGGUGACUUCAUCAGCUAUCCUAACAGUGCUAAAGAAGGCCAACCCCCCACCUCCACCUCCACGAUUAACCCCUGUCCGAUGUGAAGAUCCCCACAGACAAUCUUAUUGUGCCAACCCUUUGAAGACCAAUGGGGCCUUGCUUCGCAAUGGUGCAUUCUUAUGUAAGACAGAUAAAGUGCCAAAUGGAGAUGUGUGUUGUCUCUCUGGUAACAAUCCAGAAAAAAUACGUAAACAACCACUGCUGCCCAGAGCUGAUAAGGAUAAAUGCCCACAGGUUACACGGGAAAGAGUUCGAUUUAAUGAGGAGGUUCAGUACCAUGGCUACUGUCCGGAUUGUGACGUUCAAUAUGACAUGAGAAAUAGGGAUAUACAUUUGCAUGGUGAAUUGAGUAAUGCAAAAGGAAAACCACCUCACCAGUGUGCUCCCCUUGAAAAUGGAGGAUCAGGCAGUAACUUUAGUCAUAAUUUCCCAAUCAUAAAAGGCAAAGUCACACCUCCACAGACUGCUCCAAAGCCUCAAAAAACUAUCCUGAGGAAGUCAACAACCACCACAGUUUGAUGUAAGGAUGUUAUAAACUAUUUUGUAUCCUAAGAAAUUGAGCACUUUCUACUCAAGCAAUAAAGAGCCAAAAUGCAUUAUACCCAGUGUUCUCCAGUGAUGUGACACAGAAGAAAUCAUGGCAGUGGAGAUGAACUAGAUGGUGACAGUUUCUGACAUGAAGGUCAGACCUCCCGGCUCCAACCUAUUGACCUCUCCUCUGGGUAUUCAUCUUUAGUCAACAUUCCCCGACACUCCAGGGCAUGCUCCAAGGGCAGCAGUGGCCUGGAUCUUCCCUUUACAAAGCUCCUUAAGACUGGAAGGUAAAAUUCACAUUUCGAAGAUACAUCAGCUAUUUUUGGAUUGGCCAGUGCUGCACUGUGACUUCAGCAAAUAAGGCUCCUGACCGACAAGUCAAACAAAGGAGUUGACCCUAUGGAUUCACAGCAUCAUUAACGUCAGUGAGAUCUGGACGGGAUAUUUUUCAGCAGUCUCUAUUCAGACAGAAGUUCAACCUGAGCAAUUGUUCCAAUCCACAGUUUAGUUUGCUUCCAAAUCACAGUGAAAACCUGAAGUAAAUUUCUGACUUUUGUUUUCUCCCUGUUUUUCUUCACUCAUUAAAUAUUUACGUGAAGCAAUGCUUAAGAAGAUCAGCCUUCAUACAAUCGGUUGCAAAAGCUCUAAUCUUGCAAUUUGUCAUAAAACUAAUCCAGCGUUCUCAAUCACUCCAUAAAAAGAAGUAAAAUAAAAUCAUUAACACGUUUGAGAAACUAAACGAAAUCCUACAAGGGGAAGUUGAUAAAUUUCUUGUGCCACGUGAAACCAAGGAUAUGUUUACAUGGCAGUGAAAUUAAUUCUACAUGUCGAGAACCAUUGAGAAGUGACAGAAGCUUUUUACUGUUCACAGCAACAAGUAACAUCUCCUGUCUUGUGCUCAUUCUUUAAGCCAUAGCAAAUGAAAGCAUCAAAUGCUGAUGGUGAUUGUGGCAUUCCCUCCUUUGUCAUCAUUUCAGGUGAUAAUUCCAGGACAUAUAGCUAUUGCCGAUGUUCAAAAACUGCAUCUCAGUGCUCUUCUAAUAUUUGCACUGUCACUUUCAUUCAGGGUAAUGAUGUGUGGAGUUACUUGCACAGAUGGCCUCAUGAGAUCUGCAACAAAAAUGCAGAAUCUUGCUGGGCUUUACCAACUAAAGAAUAUGAUUUGCACUUCUCUUCAAUUCCCAUGGGUGGAAUCUAUAUAAAAAAUUAAAUUGUCCUUCAUCUCCUUUCCAAUCUUAUAAAAUGAAAUGAAGCCUCAAAGCUGCACAGUGGACAAUAGAACAAAUGUUAUCUCCCUCCCCCACCUUAUAUAUCAGAUUUUAUAUAGUACGUGAAACAUUGGACAAUAAAGGAGAACAAUUCAUGCAGGACUUGACAGACAUUGACUAUACUGUGGAUUUAAAAACAAUGCAUCAAUUUGUCACAAUGUUAUGAAAUGCAUUUGUUAUUUUAAAUGGGAUCUGCAGGCUUUAUAAGUGUAAUGGAACUUGGAUUCAGAAAGAAUGCACAGCUAUUGACACGUAAAGCACUUUAGUUACAUUUUUAAGUUUUGUAUUUUUAUAAGUCACCAUUAUUAACCCUGGUUUGGCUGUCAUUUGAAGAUUUCAACAUUACUCAUCAUGCUUAUGUUUGUAUAUUCUUAUUUGCAAGCAGAUAAAAGUUUUGUUUUACUUUUAAAUAACUAAAACCUAAGAAAGUAAUGUAUAGAUUUUAAAUAGAAGGCUUCAAGAUAUAUUUCUUCUACUAAUGAAAAAUGCACACAAUGUAUUUUGUAAUUUUAGAGUUUUAAAAUUGAAAGAGGUUAUUUUAUUAUUAAAGGCCUGGUAUACGAUAUUAGUUAGAAAGCAAGUAACAGAAAGAAAACUUUUCAUGUUCUUUCCUAAAUCAGAACAGCUUGUCAUAAAAAAAGCAACAGGAAAAAAAGAAAAAUACAAUCCUUCAUGUAAAUGUUCAGAUUUACAAUUCUCUCUAGGUUUCAGCAUACACAUUUUCCUGUGUUAAUCAAGGAAUAAUCCAACAUUAAACAGUUUUCAAUAAA